CUCGCAGGGUGAUGGGGCGGGGCCGCCGGCUGCAAGCGGGGAGCGCCCGGCGAGGCGAGCGCGGCGGAUUGGAAAGCCGAGCUCCGCUCUGUCAGGAUGCUGCGGGCAGGAGAACCUACCGCUGGCUUGUUCCGGACAGGAGAAGUCCACACCGGGACAACCAUCAUGGCGGUGGAGUUUGACGGGGGUGUCGUGGUGGGUUCUGAUUCCCGGGUGUCGGCAGGAGAAGCCGUGGUGAACCGGGUGUUUGACAAGCUGUCGCCUCUGCACCAGCGCAUCUACUGUGCCCUCUCUGGCUCCGCUGCUGACGCCCAAGCCAUAGCCGACAUGGCCGCCUACCAGCUGGAGCUGCACGGGUUGGAACUGGAGGAGCCGCCCCUUGUUCUGGCUGCCGCAAAUGUAGUAAGGAAUAUCACCUACAAGUACCGUGAGGACUUGUCGGCGCAUCUCAUGGUAGCUGGCUGGGACCGACGUGAGGGGGGCCAGGUGUAUGGCACCAUGGGAGGAAUGCUGAUCCGACAGCCCUUUGCCAUCGGCGGCUCCGGCAGUACCUACAUUUACGGUUAUGUGGACGCAGCAUACAAAGCAGGCAUGACCCCCGAGGAGUGCAGGCGCUUCACCACCAACGCCAUCGCUCUGGCCAUGAACCGUGACGGCUCCAGUGGGGGUGUCAUCUACCUGGUCACCAUUACGGCUGCUGGCGUGGACCAUCGAGUAAUCCUGGGAGAUGAGCUGCCAAAAUUCUACGAUGAGUGACUCGUCCCCAGACUUCCCUGUCAUGGAACCAGACGCUGGUGUCGUGGACGGAAAGUGAAAUGGGCAUCAGAAAGAAACAGGGUGGGGAGCGGAGCUUCCUCCCCGACCCAGAUAGCAGAGAGACCUUUUCAUUCCUUUUUUAAAAUAAACUUUAUUAUUAAAAAAAA